AUGGGGGGCCUUGUCUUCCCUCAGGCCGUGAAGAUGAUGAUGGAGGCCGAGCGAGCCAAUGUUUACUCUUUUUUCCCCACAGCGCGAGAAGUGCCGAUGCCCUUCCACUAUCAACCUCACCUCCACCAGCAGCACCUCCAGCACCAGCUCCAGCUGCACCACCAGCACAGCUUCAGCGCCGGCUUCAACGACAGCUUCAGCGACGGCUACAGCGCCAUCCACCAGUGCCGCCCGGACCUGCUCCUGUCCCGGGUCUACCAGCCGCCGUGUAGCGACUAUCUGGCCCACCACCAGCCCAUCAUGGCCAACUUAGCACCGGACGACAUGGCCGAGUUCCAGAAGCUCUCCAACGAGUGGGUGGCCCGGCGUUUUAUUCCUUUUUAUCAUGGACUUGCUGAUGCCUUGUUGAAGGGCCCUCUCGUCGGCAUCAAGCAAGCCAGCGUUGCGCUGAGCCAGGAGUAUGCGCAGGCCGACCCCAUCUAUGUCGCGAAGACCGCGUCUCUGGCACAGACACACUCCCACUAUCGUAUCAUGAAGGGAGAUGGCAAUUGUGGAUGGAGAGGUUUGACUCGCUCGUCCGGUUCAACUGCUGGGAACCACAUAACGCUAAUCAAUCUGCUUUUUUUUUUUUUUUUAGCUGUGGCCUUUGGCUAUUUUGAAAGCCUGUUUGCUCUGCGCGAUCAGGCCAAAAUUGCUCAAGAGCUAGCCCGUAUCAAGAGCUUCAACGCCAUGUUCGAUGCUGUAGGCCAGCAAGAGCAUUUGUACGAGAUUUUUGUUGAUGCUACAGAAGAGCUCUUGAAAAGCGUGGCUGAACAGAUUGCGAACAACAACCAGGACGAGACUUUCAUUGUCGAUGCCUUCAACAAUGAAUGGAACUCAAACGCAAUCAUCACACACUUUAGGGUUGGUUUCUUAACUUUUGCUCAUGUAUCUACCAUUAUUUUGGUUGUGCUAACUUUCCUCCAGUUGAUGACGAGCGCCUGGAUGCAGCUCAACCGGGAGAGAUACGAAGCUUUCCUGCCCAUGCCGAUAGAGCAGUACUGUUCGAGAACAGUCGAUACCGUGAGAACCGAGAUUGACGAAAUCGGUCUCCAGGCCUUGGUUGACGGAGUUAUCGCAGCGUCUGGUUUUGAUGUUCAGAUUCUCUACCUUGAUCGCAGUCAGGGUGACCAAGUUAAUGCACAUCAACUUACGCCACAACGCACUGAUUCCCUUGGGGUUAUCAAACUCCUGUACAGGCCUGGCCACUAUGAUCUCCUCUAUGGUACAGCCCAGUCGCCGACUCCCGUAAAUUACCAGUACUCCAUGACCUGCGACUUCUCUCCUUGGUAUCCUAACUCCCUCAACUUUGACCUUAAUCCAGUCUUAAUGGCCGUUCCCAGUCUUCCUCUAGACCCGGCAGAUUCUCCUCCGCACCCAGCUCCAGCUCCAGCUCCGUCUCCGUACGAGUACUCCUAUCCCAUCAAUCCUCCAGAAAAUAUGAUACCCCAUCACACAAUACCUCUCCCUGAACCCGCCCCGCCUAGAGUUGCAACCAUCAACCUCCCUCUCCGCUCCCCUCCUCCUCCUCCUCCAACAGAGGAUAGGUCCUCUGAACUACUUAUCCGAAUGAACCCACUUGUUGAUCCAGACAUGAACUGUCUGCCAUUGACCAUUCCAUUCAGAAAGUACGUAUCCAAAUCAAUCGGGUACUUGUCUACUUGCUUACGUUCCUUAAGCUCGCAUUUCAACCAAGCACACUUCCUCAAUGCUGAGUUUCAGCCUUCCCAAUGGGACCCCAGCGAGAUCUACAAACGAGAAAAGAAACCCUCUAGCCGUUCCGGAUCUUCCUCCGAGUAA